UGCACUUGCGCAGUCGCAGGCUACCCCCCGAUGAUGAUCAUAUGAGGCUUCCUGGCCACCGCCUUCCUUCCACCACCAGGCUGCAUAUACCUCCACCCUCCGCUGUCUAACCGCGCUCCCCACCCCUCCGUCACAAAUGCAAUACGCAGGAUUUACCUCUUCUUCCCGUUCCAGGAGGAUCCGCCAAGAUUUCGACAGAACGUGUCAGCUCGGUGGUGUAAAAAAUGACCCGCGUUGAGCUCUGCUGUACAUUGAUACGCUAAUGUCAUUUUACAGCCGUCAAAUAUGAAUCAUGCAUUUGAUAUUCCUUCUGAGUCUGGUCGUCAGCAUCCUCCUCGCCUUGCAAUGCCCAUUUGCUUCAACGUCAACGGUUUCCCUGGGCGCUGAGCAUGUGGACGUUGUCGCGAGGACGGCGUCAGACGAACCUCCUCCUCCUCCCGCUCCUGAGCCAGCAGAGCCGACCUUUUCAGCACCGGACAGCGCCAACUCCAGCACCACCACACGCCAGGGGCUGGACCAAGUUGUCACGAUUACCUACCCCGCUAGGCUGAUCUACUACCUAAACGAGGAGUCGGAGAGCACCCAUCAUGACCUGGACACUCGUGCACGAAACCAGGUCUCCCAGGACCAGGAUAUCCACUUGGCUCAGGCAAGCUUUCAGCUAGAUGCCUUUGGGUCCACCUUUACCCUGGACCUUUCCUUAAACAAUGACUUGCUGUCCUCAGACUACGUGGAGGUUCACUUUGAGGACGGCAAACCUGUGCUGUCAAAGGGAGGAGAGCACUGCUACUACCAUGGCCAAGUGCGGGGAAAGGACUUUUCACGAGUGGCUUUGUCCACCUGCAAUGGCUUACAUGGGAUGUUUGAUGACGGGCAGUAUGUGUACCUCAUCGAACCCCUCAAGCAGACUCACUUCUCGGACAUGGAGGCCAGACCCCACACCCUACGCAGGGCCACCUCACUGCUGUCACUGGCUGACUCAGAGGACUUAGGGCUGGGACUCCAGAGAGAGGACAGAGCGGAGGAUGACGUGCCGGGGCCAGAGGGCUUACCUGACAUGCCCUGGCUCAGACGUAGGAGGAAACGAGCCAUGCCCCGUAAUGUCUUUGAGGAGAUGAAGUAUGUGGAGAUCAUGAUUGUCAGUGACCACAACACGUUCAAGAGACACAAAACCAAAAAGCAUACCAAGAAUUUUGCCAAGUCAGUGGUCAACUUUGUUGAUGCGGUGUUCAAAGAGCAGCUGAACACGCGUGUGGUUCUGGUCGGCAUGGAGAUCUGGACAGAGCGCGACCGCAUCCCCAUGAGCACGGCCCCACUGAGCAUGCUCAAGGACUUUGCCAAAUACCGGCAGAGCAGCAUCAAGUUCGGCGCUGACGCUGUGCACCUUUUCACGAACAUGACGUUCCACUACGGCCGGAGUAGUGUGGCGUACAUCGGUGGGGUGUGUUCCACUGCACGGGGAGUCGGGGUCAACGAGUAUGGUACCCAGUGGACGAUGGCAGCCUCCCUGUCCCAGAGCCUGGCACAGAACCUUGGCAUCCAGUGGGACCCGCCCUCGCGGAGGAAGGAGUGUGGCUGCAUGGACUCAUGGACAGGCUGCAUCAUGGAAGACACAGGGGUGCAGCAUCCUCGUAGGUUCUCCAAAUGCAGCAUAUCUGACUACAAAACAUUCCUGUUACGGGGUGGAGCAUCCUGUCUGUUUAACAGACCUAAUAAGCUCUUCGAGGCCACAGAGUGUGGCAAUGGGUACGUGGAGGUGGGCGAGGAGUGUGACUGUGGGGCACGCAUGGAGUGCUAUAAGGACUGUUGUAAGAAGUGUUCCCUGUCCAAUGGGGCCCACUGCAGUGACGGGCCCUGCUGCAACGUCACCUGCCUGUUUUACCCACGAGGGUACAGCUGUCGCUACGCCGUGAACGACUGCGACAUCUCCGAAACAUGCUCAGGAGACUCAGGACAGUGUCCCCCAAACCUCCAUAAGCAGGAUGGUUACUCCUGCCAACUAAACCAGGGUCGUUGCUACAGUGGGGAGUGCAAGAGCCGAGAGAACCAGUGCAAGUACAUCUGGGGCUCCAAGGCCAGUGGCUCAGAGAAGUACUGCUACGAGAAGCUGAACACUGAGGGGACAGAGAAGGGCAACUGUGGCCCCGACGGAGAGAAGUGGCUGUCCUGCAGCAAACAUGAUGUGUUCUGUGGCUAUCUGCUGUGUUCCAACAUCGGGAGGAACCCACGCAUCGGAACCCUGGCAGGAGACGUUACGCCCACCACCUUCAACCACCAGGGCAGACUCGUGGACUGCAGCGGUGGCCACGUGGUGAUGGACGAUGACACUGACCUGGGCUACGUGGACGAGGGCAGCCCGUGCGGGCCGUCCAUGAUGUGCCUGGAACGCCGCUGCGUUCCCAUCGCCUCGCUCAACAUCACCGCCUGCCCCAACGGCCCCAACGGACGCACCUGCUCUGCCCAUGGGGUGUGCAAUAACGAGGCCACCUGCACGUGUGACCCCACGUGGGCCGGCACCGACUGCAGCAUGCACGACCCCCCCAAGGAGCCCCCCACCGCCCCGGACGAGGGCCCCAAGGGACCUAGUGCCACCAACCUUAUCAUAGGCUCCAUCGCAGGUGCCAUCCUGAUGGCAGCCAUUGUUCUAGGGGGCACAGGCUGGGGUUUUAAAAACGUCAAGAAGCGCCGCUACGACGCCAACGCCAGUGCCAUCUAGGGUUCUGGAUGAGUCUGUGCACUUUGGGUGCCCAGCUCCUUCCGUGCUGCGUUCAGCAGAGCUGACGUUCGCUGGACUCCUCC